UUAACAACAGACUAUCAAAUGUGCCAAGCCUGGAUGACAUGAACCAGUUUGUGACCUGGCCUGGUCUCGAGGAUGCCUUGAAAGGGGUCAGGCAAGAUUUUGAAAGCAAGCAGACUACAAGGGAAGAGAGGGUGGUUUUUGAACAUGGUGUUCAGACAGAGAUACUUGUAAGCAUUACAGUUAAAAUUCUUCGAGUGAGCAAUACUUCGGGUCCGAGCAGCGAGUUGCUGGAGCUUUUAGAGAAACUGGGCAGACUUUCAGAUGCUCAUGAGAUUCUCAAGCACAGAGUUGAUGAGCUGGAGGUAGGACUUGUAGUAUUAAUGACAGAGAGAUCACA